AUGGAAGAAGAAAAAGAGAAAACACCAACAACACACAUAGUUCUAGUUUCAAUCCCUGCACUUUCCCACCAAAUCUCAAUCCUUGAGUUUGCAAAAAGACUCCUUAAUCUCCACAAAGAACAUUGCUUCCAUGUCACAUGCAUCAUUCCCACUCUUCCCUCACAAAACAACAAUGCCUCCAAACCUUUUUUCUUUGAUUCUCUCCCUCAAAACGUUCACUGCAUCUUCCUUCCACCGGUCAACUUCGAUGAUCUCAGAAACGACCCAUCAAUCUCCCUUGAAGCUCAGAUUUCGCUUGCAGUCUCUCGAUCCAUGCCUUCCAUACGCGAAGCCUUGAACACACUCAACAACAAAAACAACCUUGUUGCUUUGGUGGUUGAUGCCAUAGCACACGAAGUACUGCAUCUAAGUAAGGACCUCGAACUCAAACUCAAACCCUUGUCCUACAUCUACUUCGCUUGUUCUGCCAUGUUGCUAUCUCUGUGCCUUCACUCACCAAAUCUUGAUCAAAUAGUUCCUUGUGAGUUUAGGGAUUACCCGAACCUUAUUCAAAUUCCUGGUUGCAUCUCUGUUCAUGGCAAAAAUCUUCCUAACAGUGUUCAAGACAGGUCUAGCUUGGCAUACAAGUUGUAUCUUCAAAGGUGUAAGGACUACUUUCUCGCUGAUGGGAUCUUGGUGAAUAGCUUCAUGGAAAUGGAAGAAGGAGCAUUCAAAGCAUUAUUGUCACAAUCACAAGAAGAAGCUAACCCUCCUGUGUAUGGAAUUGGACCCAUUACACAAACUAGUGGCCAUAAUCAUAGAAAUAAUAAUGGGUGGGAGUGUUUGAAAUGGUUGGAUAAUCAACCAUCAAACUCGGUUCUUUAUGUUUCGUUUGGGAGUGGUGGAACACUCUCACAAGAACAGAUCAAAGAGCUUGCUUUGGGUUUGGAACUUAGCGGCCAUAGAUUCUUGUGGGUUAAUGUGAGAGAACCUAAUGAUAAGGCAUAUGCUAGUUACCUAAGUGAUGAGGGUGCUGACCCUUUGAGUUUCUUGCCAGAAGGGUUCGUAGAGAGAACAAAGGAGAAAGGUUUGAUUUUGGGAAGCUGGGCACCUCAGAUUGAAGUUCUUGGUCAUGGUUCAGUUGGUGCAUUCUUGAGUCAUUGUGGAUGGAACUCGGUUCUUGAGAGUGUGGUGAAGGGAGUGCCAAUGAUAGCGUGGCCUCUCUUUGCUGAACAGAGAACCAAUGCUGCUUUGGUUACUGAUGCACUCAGAAUUGCUCUAAAGCCAAAUAAUGAUGAUGAUAAUAAAAAUAAUAAUAAUGAUUGUGUGGUCCUAAAAGAGGAGAUAACUAAUCUUGUAAAGAGGCUCAUGGAGGGUUCAGAAGGAGAAGAAGUUAGGAGAAGAAUGGAGAAACUGAAAGAAGCUGCUGCUUGUGCUAUCAUGGAACAUGGAUCUUCCACAAUCACACUCUCAAAGUUGGCACUCAUUUGGAAAAGCAUGUCAAAUUAG